AGCUGCUUUAGGUGAAUGUUGGUGUUUUAAUUUUUCCAUGUUCCAUGUUAAUUCAGUCCAUGGUUCCUUAUGUAUCACACGUGAGUGAUUCUCGUGCUGAAUGAGAAAAAAAAGGCAUGUGACUUGUUGACUUGGAUAUCUAACUUAAAUAUGAUUACUUGUUUGAGAAUAGCAGCAUGUUAGAUUACUCAUUACUUUUUAUUUAUUUAUUUAAAAAAUCACACAAAUACAAAACUGAAAUGCAAACAAACAAACACACAUACAUAUAUAUAUAAAAAAAAGAUAAAAUAUAAAGGAGGCACUUUGUACAUGCUGUACUACACAUGGCAGAAUUCUUUCAAAAUAUAAGGCACUUCAAUAGUCACACUUAUAAAAACAAAACAAGAACAAAAGAAAAUAUCCAAAACAAAACAAGAACAAAAGAAAAUAUCCACAACACUAAGAGCCAAUCAAAGACACAUCCCUGAGAUACUGAAGUGUACAAAUACUCUUCUUGUUCUUUGUAAGCUUAAGUGUAUUUAUAUAAGAAUUAAAGAUUACUCAUUACUGAAAAAUACUGAUUUAUUAGAACGACGUAUUACUGGCAUCACUACCCAUUUUGCUGUGCCAGAUCACGUUUAUCUGAUUAAAUACAAUGCUUUGUAAUGCAUGUGAUUGUGGUCAAACAGCGUCUUUUAGUGGUGAUUUUGUGUUACUACAAGUCUUUUAGCAUGGUAGGAAAUGGCAGUUGCACUAUGGAAACAAUUAUUUUUUUAGGCUGUUUUCGUGUAAUAAAUCGCACAAAUAUAAUCACAAAUCAUGAUUUAAAAGAAUGCCUCCAUAGAGAAUUUGUCACAGAAUUGUAUUUGACUGUAAUACGAAUUGAAAAGUAAAUACUGUAAAUGUGUGUAAUCAUCCAUUGGAUGAAUGUUUUCUCACAUAUAUGAGAAUUGGUGCGUGAAAAUGUUAAAGCUGUUGUUGUGUUUUUAUCUGAGCGCUGUCAGCUGCCAGACACGAGCUGGUUGUUAUUGCGCUUUGAGACGCUAUUGGCUGUCGGACUUCCGGUCUGAUCUGUGAUUGGCCAAGAUCACAGUUUACACUCGCUGUCCAUGUGCUCUCCACGCGAAGGGUGUUUUUCUACUAAAUGUCCUUUUUUUUUUCUGCGUCACGACCAACGGCUUUACGGUAAUAUUUAUUAAACACGCUAAACCUGACGUUUGUUUACUGUACAUUUAACUGUCGAUUCAGAGUGACAGUAGAAUAUAAAGCGAAGAAUUGCGUUGACAUUUCAAAGUCUGGAAAACAUUGUUUUCUGUCCCUCCAUUCCGUUUGCACACACUCUUCCAGUUAUUACGGUAACGACAACCUGCUGUUCCUCAGCUGAUAUGAGACAUCCUCCCCCUCGCAGCCUCAUCACGCUCGCAAACCCGAGCUCUUUAGUUACUUGGAGUCACCAGAAGCAGAAGCAUCCCGGUCAAGAAUGAUGUUAGACAACGCAGAAUACCUAGUGGACGCCUGCCCGCGGGAGCUCACUCAGAACCCGCUGAGGAAGAUUUGGUUACCGGGCAAGAGCGGCCACAUAGCGCACAGACGCGUAUGCAUGACCAACUGCCCCACCCUCAUCGUGACGGUCGGCCUUCCGGCGCGAGGGAAGACCUACAUCUCCAAAAAGCUCACGCGCUACUUAAACUGGAUCGGAGUGCCCACCAAAGAGUUCAAUGUGGGGCAGUACCGAAGGGACUGUGUGAAGAUCUACAAAUCCUUUGAGUUUUUCAGUCCUGAUAAUGAAGAGGGCUUGAAAAUCAGACGUCACUGUGCAAUGGCAGCUCUUAAUGACAUUCGGCAGUACCUGAGCGUCGAAGGAGGGCAAGUGGCUGUAUUUGAUGCCACCAACACGACGAGAGAAAGACGCGGGGCCAUUGUCAAGUUUGCGGAGCAAAAUGGCUUCAAAGUGUUCUUUGUGGAGUCUGUGUGUGAAGACCCAGAUGUUAUUGCACAAAACAUAGUGCAAGUGAAGCUCGGCAACCCCGACUACAUCCACUGUGACACUCAGGAGGCCAUUGAAGACUUCAUGAAAAGGAUUAAGUGUUAUGAGUCGUCCUAUCAGCCUCUGGAUGAGGUUUUGGACAGGGACAUGCCCUACAUAAAGAUCAUGGACGUGGGCCGCCGUUACCUGGUGAACCGCGUGCAGGAUCAUAUCCAGAGUCGAAUCGUGUAUUACCUGAUGAACAUCCACAUAACACCGCGCUCUAUCUACUUGAGUCGGCACGGCGAGAGCGACCUUAACAUCAAGGGUCGCAUCGGGGGUGACUCAGCCUUGUCGGUGCGGGGUAAAGAGUACGCCAAAUGUCUGAGGAAGUACAUCCAAGAGCAGAACAUCAAGGACUUAAAGGUGUGGACCAGCCAGAUGAAGAGAACCAUACAGACGGCCGAAUGUCUCGGAGUUCCGUAUGAACAGUGGAAAUCUCUAAAUGAGAUCGAUGCCGGCGUGUGUGAGGAAAUGAUGUAUGAAGAGAUCCAAGAGCAUUACCCGCUGGAGUUUGCCUUGAGAGACCAGGAUAAAUACCGCUACCGCUAUCCUAAAGGAGAGUCGUACGAAGAUCUGGUGCAGCGUUUGGAGCCUGUCAUCAUGGAGCUGGAGAGGCAGGAAAAUGUUCUGGUGGUUUGUCACCAAGCCGUCAUGCGCUGCCUUCUCGCUUACUUCCUCGACAAGACCGCUGUCGAAUUGCCUUAUCUUAAGUGCCCCUUGCACACAGUGCUGAAGCUGACGCCAUUGGCUUACGGAUGCAAAGUGGAGUCUAUCUAUUUGGGCGUGGACGCCGUGAACACACACAGAGAGCGACCGGAGAAUGUGAGUGUGCAGCGUAACACGGAAGCCGCUCUCAAAACUGUGCCUGCGCACUUCUGAGGCAAUUGCUUGCACUUGCGGCGUGACCUGCCUCACGAGGACGCUUGCCAUCCAUGACAUGAAGACAUUCGAGACAAGCAACUUGUUUUGUACUUUAAGAAUGGACACUUUAUUUUUUUGUUACACUGUCGUAUGCAACGCAUCCUCCCAAACUGCCACUGUCGCCAUAUUUUAAAGCUGCGUGUGAGAGGAAGAACUCUCCAAUGACUGUAGCUUGCGCGUUUUAAGAUGUGCUUUGGUUUUGACCUCAACCCCCCCCCCGUCUCUGUGGAUGAGAACCAUAUUUCUGUAACUAGUAGGGUUACUAGAAUAUUUGGGUGAUUUAAAUAACACCACACCCCAGCAUGAAGGACAUAUGAAGGGAUGGAUAAACAUCAAGAUGCACAGUAAUCCAAAGUCCACACUCUACUUGAAUCUAUCUGCAAACCUAUAAUACAGUUGCUGGUAUUUUGAUUAAGCUCCAGAACAGUAGAUAUCUAUUACAAAUGUACUGAAAAAACCUCAACAUAGUGAUUAUUUAACAUACCACGAAUGGGAUUAGAACUGCACUUUGAAAAUCGCUGUAUUAGUGACAGCCAAUAUAUGAGUAAAUUUGGUGUUGUCAUACAUAAGCUGUGGAAAUAUGUUCAGUAUACAGGGGGGGAAAAUGCUGUCACUUUGGAGCUUUUUCCUGGUCUCACACCUGAUUUAAAGCCUUUUGAACAAGUAGGUCAAUAUGAAUAGAUGAACUACAGUAAUAUUGGGGGUAACAUUGUCUUUUAUGUGUAAAGUUAAAUGUGGUCAACGGUGUAAUUGCAAACAAAUCUGCUUUAAAGCUGAGCAAUGAUUCCAAUUUUUUUUAUUGUUAAUGGGUGAAAAUGUUAGAAAGUUGCACACUCAAAACAUCAUGCAUCAACUACUCGAUGCACAUCCCCAAGAUUCUUACUUCAAAUGCUUAUUUCCUGUUGUCUUCAUAUUGGUGCCUGUACACUGACACCAAUACAAACAUGUUUGUCAAAUGAUAAUGAUGUACAUGUUUGUAUUUUAUAUUGGGGUUUUUUGUACAUAAAUGUGAAGUGUACUCGCCUUGCUGCUCCUUAAAAGCUGUACAAAUGUCAAUAAAAGUUUCACUUCUUGCUAGUGGCGGACUUUCUAUGCAUGUUUCU